CCACACGGAGACAGAGAGAAAGAGACAGGGUCUCUGUGGACAUUAGGACAGGUGGAGACAGACAGCGAAACAGAGACACACUAGUGGAGACAGACAGAGACAGGUGGUCACUGACGGGGUCACUGGAGACUCUGUGGACAGGUGGGGACAGACAACGUCUGACAAUGUGACAACUGAGGAGACGAACCUCUACCUGUCCGGGUGUCUCCUGCCCGUUGCCAUGGAGACGUUGGUCAAACACCUGUCAAGGUGUCAACAUCUGGGCUGGAUGAAUGUGAUCGAGCUGAACUCUGCCUCCAUCCAUUGGUUGUCCUGUGGCCGGAGGGCGGAGCCUGACGUCUGGAGGACCAUGUUCUGUGUCCUAUCAGAGACGCAGCUGCUGAUGUUAGACGACCUGGAGGUUCAUCCUCUGCUUCUGGCUGAGAGGGCGGAGUCUUGUACCGUCUGGUUACUAAGAUACACGCUCCAUGUGACAUCAGCAGCUCCUUGCCCCGCCCACAAAGGUAAGGACAGAGACAGGAGGGCAGAGACAGACAGAAACAGGAGGAAAGAGAGGGAGGAGGACAGAGACAAAGACACAGGAGGACAGAGACAGACAGGAGACAGGAGGAGAGAGACAGACAGGAGGACGGAGACCCAGAUGAUGGAUGUAGAGUUGGACGUGGAGGACUGGGACGAUGCUCCAGAGAGGGGGAUGCGCAGACUGAGCAUGCCCAGUGGUCCCGCCUCAGACACGCCCACCACCAGAGUGACGAGUUUUCUGUCUCGGAGGUUGAAACAGUCUCUUCGUCGAACUCGAUCUCAGCCCAAACUUUCUCGUCAGAGCAGCACGAAGACGGAUCCCAUGGGAACCGCUGAUACCAGGUGUGUGAUGCGCCGGCUGCGUUGCGGUAGCCAGGAAUCGUUGCUAAGCGCCGGCUGUGUUUUGUCCCUGGAGCUCAGGAUGGACCAAUCAGUGAUCAUCAAACCCGUCCACUCGUCCCUGCUGGGACAGGACUACUGCUUUGAGGUAACGACCUCAACGGGCACCAAGUGUUUCUCGUGUCGCUCGGCAGCAGAAAGAGACAAAUGGAUGGAGAACCUGAGACGAGCCGUCCACCCCAACAAGGACAACAGUCGCAGGCUGGAGAACGUCCUCACGGUGUGGGUGGUCGAGGCCAAGGACCUACCGGCCAAGAAACGGUACUUCUGUGAGCUGUGUCUGGAUGACUGUCUCUACGCAAGGACGUCCUGUAAACUGAAGACAGACAACGUCUUCUGGGGCGAGCGCUUUGACUUCAGCAGCGUCCCGUCCAUCGCGUCCAUCACGCUGCACCUCUACAAGGACACGGACAGGAAGAGGAAGAAGGACAAGAGCAGCUACGUCGGCCUGGUCAACGUCCCCGUUGCCAUGGUGACCGGAAGACAACUAGUGGAGAAGUGGUACUCAGUGAGCACGCCUAGUACCAGCCGAGGGAAGUCCUCGGUGCCCACGGUGCGGGUCAAGGCCCGUUACCAGAGCGUCCUCAUCCUGCCCAUGGAGCAGUACAAGGAGUUUGCUGAGUACAUCAGCUCCAACUACCUCCUGCUCUGCUCCACCCUGGAGACGUCCAUCAGCCUCAGAGCCAAAGAGGAGCUGGCGUCCGUCCUCGUCCACAUCCUCCACAGCACCGGCAAGGCCAAGGACUUCCUGACCGACCUGAUGAUGUCAGAGGUGGACCGUUGCCGUGACAACGACCAGCUGAUCUUCAGAGAGAACACGCUGGCAACAAAAAGUAUCGAGGAAUACUUGAAGCUGAUUGGGCAGAAGUACCUGCAGGACGCCCUCGGUGAAUUCAUCAAAGCUCUCUAUGAGUCUGAUGAGAACUGUGAGGUCGACCCAUCUCGUUGUGCAACCUCUGACCUCUCGGAGCAUCAGGCCAACCUGAGGAUGUGCUGUGAACUGGCCUUCUGCAAGAUCCUCGAUUCAUACCGGGUGUUCCCCCGUGAGCUGAAGGAGGUGUUUGCAUCGUGGCGACAGGAGUGUGGUAACCGGGGACGACCAGACAUCAGCGAGCGUUUGAUUAGCGCCUCGUUGUUCCUGCGCUUCCUGUGUCCGGCCGUGAUGUCGCCCUCGCUCUUCGACCUGAUGCAGGAGUUUCCAGAUGAGCGCACGGCUCGCACCCUGACACUCAUCGCCAAGGUCAUCCAGAACCUCGCCAACUUCAGCAAGUUCGGCACUAAAGAGGAGUACAUGUUGUUCAUGAAUGACUUUGUGGAACGGCAGUGGAGCAGCAUGCAGCGCUUCCUCCAGGAGAUCUCCAACCCCGAUGGACUCAACCACACGGCCGGCUUCGACGGAUACAUCGACCUCGGCAGAGAACUGUCCAGCCUCCACACCCUGCUCACUGAGAUCGACCAGUCAUGUCUGUCGAAACUUGGUCCUCUUCCUCGGAUCCUCAGAGAGGUUUCGGCGGCCCUUGCUAACCCGGGUGGUGUGACCAGCGCUGGCGCCAUGUCUGUUUCUUCUCCGGAGACUCAUCGUGUGGUCUCGCCGCCCCCUCUGUCCCCGCCCCCUCUGUCCCCGCCCCUGUCUCCGCCGUUGGCACCCUGUAAUCCGUCGGUUGGUCUGCAGGGUGGUGUGGGGCUGGAUGGAGGCUUGGUGGACUUCACCAGACUCCCAUCUCCAACUCCUGAGAACAAGGAUCUGUUCUUCGUGACCAAAGGGUCCAGCCUACAGCCUGCAUCAGGCCUGCAGGGGUCUCCGGCUGCAAGCUCCUCCUACUCGGAGCCCAAUGAGAAUGAGGCAGCUUUUGAACUGACCAAUGAGGGGCGGAGGGAGGGGCUGGAGCUGACCAAUGAGAACCGUAGCCUGUCUCUGGUGGACCUGCAGGACUCCUCCCCUAGCGACGGCCUCGACGAUGGCCAAUGGCAGCGGCGAACGGGGCUCCUCCCCCUCUCUUUUCAAAACCCUGUCUAUCACAUGACCACCACAUCGCCACGGCAACCACAGCAGAGUGACGCCACACCGUCGGAUGGCUCAGUGGGGUCGCAGGGAAACCCUGAGGACAGGAACGCCAUGGCAACCAAACCGGCGUUUCUUACCCAGAUGUCGGUGGGGCUGGGCGGGGGGGAGAGGGGGGAGAGGAUGUCAGCCAUGUCGAGCAGCAGCAGCGGUGAAGAAUACUCCAGACGAGCUCUGUCUCUCAAUGAGACGCUGGGAGGUAACUCCGCCCCCCCACGGCAGAACUCCACGGGUCCUCAGAGACGGAUCGAUCAGCCACCCCCCCCUUCCUCAGCUCCACCAGGGCCUCCUCGAGGCCGCACGCCUCCGAGCAUGCUCAGCGGAGGUGGAAGUGGAGGCGGAGCCUUCCCUCCACGCCCCGCCUCUGGCAGUAUGAUGUCAUCGAGCCCUGAUUGGCCGAGCAGUGGCCAGUCCCGACUCAGACAGACGUCGUCCUCAUCCAAAGGGGACAGCCCGGAGAAACAGCGGCCUGUCGCCAAGGCUCCAUCUCCCUGCGCCUUGGACCGGACCGCCGCCUGGCUCCUCAACAUGAACGCCGCCUCCUAUGGUGAGGAAGACGAACGCCACGACGACGCCUUGGUGGAGAAGUACCAGCAGGAGGUGGCGCUGCUCCAGGAGAAGCUGAGAGUUGCAGGUCUGCGUCAGGAAGAAUGUGAAGCUCGUCUCAUGGUCCAGGACCAACAGAACCAACGGAUGCUGCAGGAGUACCAGGCUCGGCUGGAAGACACAGAGAGUAGACUGAGGAGGCUACAGGAUGACAAGGACCUGCAGAUGAACAGCAUCAUAAGCAGGUUGAUGGCAGUAGAGGAGGAGUUGAAGAAGGACCACUCUGACAUGCAGGCUGUGGUCGACUCCAAGCAGAAGAUCAUAGAGGCACAGGAGAAGAGGAUUGCUAGCCUGGAUGCUGCUAACUCUCGCCUCAUGGCGGCUCUGACUCAGCUCAAGGAACGCUACGCUGUGACAUCACAGAGGAACGGCCUGUCUCCUAGCAACACGUCCUCCCUGCAGAUCACAGAGAACGGAGAGUUCCGGAACUCCGGCAACUGCUGAGCUCUUAUUGGCUGUCUGGCUGAGGGGGGUGGGGCCAACUUACUCACCAACCAAUGCAGACCUGUCAGUCAACCCUGUCGCUAGGUUACCCAUCAUUUCCUGGUUUUGUUAUGCAUGUUUUCUCUGACAUCAUAUCCUGUUUACAUUUGGUACUUCCUGAUUAGAGCCUAAAUGGAGGCCCAGUUCUGGUUCCACUCUGGAUAACUGUGGCUCUGGUUUGCUUUUCCAAUCACAUGAUUCCUCUCUGAUUGGUCGAAUGUCUCUGGUGUUUAGUUCAGACCUGUUUCUCAUUUUUAGGCACUUUCCAUUAGAUCAUCAUUUAAAGAGACAAUAUUUCUGUCUGAGCAACUUCGGUUUCCUCCGGCUAGCCUAGCUUAGCAAAACAAAUGGCGGUAGAGGGGAAGUGUUAGCCUAGUUUAGCACAGAGCAGAGGUAGACGCUUGUUUGUGUUGUUUGAGAGAAUUCUUCAGAUUUUAUUGUACAAUGGUGAAAAUUUUAAAUUGUGACAACUAUUCGUGAUCUCAUCCUGUAAAGACUCCACCUGUUGUUAUUUAUCGUUGAUAUUUAUGAACGGAGACACUUCAAUAAACCAACCCACUGUCAA